AUGUUUGGCUUUCGCCCGGCGAAAUUACCGCCGAUCUAUUAAGCCCGAAACCCCCCAGAGGUUUUUGAGCAAAGGGUUUUACCGUACAAACUCUUCAACUGUAAUGGCGAUGGAUCACGACCACUUCGAUUUCUUCAGCAUAAGCUUCGGUACGUCUAAAGAUUUCUGCUUUCUGAUAAUCCAGUUUCUGGGUCUUUCGAAGAUUGCAUCUUUCUCGAUUAUCCCUUCUAUUGUUGUAGUAAAGAAAACAACGAGAGGAAAUGGUUUCUUGUUUCAAAUUAGAUCCUUGUUCGUCUUUGAGCAAACAUUGAAACUGGGUUGUGUCUGAAAUGUAGAAUAACCUCGUAUCUUUUCAUCAAAUUCCCCUGUUCUGCAUCCUGUCAGUAUCUUGUGCCGUAACUGAAAGCCAAGCCAAUGUGUUUAUAGAGAAAGUUAGCAGUGGCAGAUAAGAGUCCUUCAGUAAUGGUGGAUCAAACUUCAAGGCUGUAAUCUUUAGCUUGAUGGUUUUGCUCUUUAUAAUGCCUUCCAUAACUGGCUGAUGUUUCUUCUAUAUAUAGCUUAUGAAGAUCCAUGUGCUGUUAUGAUCAUCUUCUUGCCCAUUUGUUCAUAUUCAAAAUGGCUGAAGAUUCUUCCUACCUAGUGUGGAAUCAUGCAUUGGUAACUUUGUCAUAGCCUUACCUGUUGAAGUUAAGCGUAAGAAUCAAGUGACUAGGAUAUACUAGUUAAUGUCAUGAUAUCAUGAGAUCCUAAUUUUCUUGAUUUUCAGGCCAUCUUACCAUUUCAAUGCUUUUUCCACAAAGCCUGCUUCCUAUGGAACAUGGAAAUGAAACAAGUAGGUUAGGUUUCAGAGAUCUAGUAACUGCUAAAAGGACAUGGAUAAAAUGCUUUCAUCAAGUGGAUGUUACAUGUGUCUCGGCUGGGAAAAACGGACAUCUGAUUUGUAACAAACUGUAGGUUCUUCCUCCUUUUUACUUCCUUCUUCGAUACUUCUCUUUUUUAAAGAAACGUACGCUUGACAAGUAAAUUGGCUGUUACCUUUGCUAGUCGAUCUCUGCAAAUGGAAACCCUUACUCUCUCUAUUACGCUGGCAGCACCACAGUUUCUUCGCUGCCACGUGCAGCUGAUAACAUCGCGUGCCUCUUCGUUUCAUCUCCACCUGCUCCAUCAAUCAACACGAGCAUUACUCUUCGCUCUUUGAUACCCCCUUAAUUUUCAGCUUUCACCCAUCUUUAUCUUACUUACAAGGCUUCAAGCCAAACAGAUCCUGAAACUUUUGCUUCUACCAUGGAUAUGAUGCCGCCCUCUCCUCCGAAAUCUCCUUUUCUGAGCUCUUCUCUUGAAGAAGUUCGCAGAGAUGGGAAAUUUAAAUGCUAUAAGGGUGUCAGAAAGAGGGCUUGGGGAAAGUGGGUAUCUGAAAUCAGGGUUCCAAGGACUGGAAAGCGGAUAUGGCUGGGUUCCUAUGAUGCUCCCGAGAAGGCAGCCCGGGCCUAUGAUGCCGCUCUGUACUGCAUUAGGGGUGAAAGAGGCGUUUUCAAUUUUCCAACGGAUAAGAAGCCACAGCUCCCUGAAGGGUCUUCUGUUCAACCAUUGUCCAGGAAGGACAUACAGGCAAUUGCAACAAGCCAUGCUUCAUCACAUGCACCUGUGUCUUCUCAUGCUGCCACUCUCACGGUAACAGCUCAGGUUCCAUCUCAUGUUCCAAUUCCAAUUCCAGUUCCAGUUGUUCCAGUUCCAGUUCCUGUUACCACUGAUCUUCCUGUCCCCACUGAAUCUGUGAGGAUCCCUGAGAUGGUCAGUGAACCUUAUGUCCCAGUCAAUGCAACUGCAGAUCCUAUAUUCUCAGUAGAAGACCUACAACUAGACAAUUUCCUCAUGAUGGACAUAGACUGGAUUAACGAUCUACUGUGAUGCAUAUGUCCAUAUAUAGAGCUGUACAUGCAGUUACUUUAGCUUUUAAUGUUGCGUAAUUAGUUGUGAUUACCAGUUGUGUGUCCUUUGGCUUAUUGUACCUGGUGUUGAACUUCUGUCUUUAACUUGCAGUUUGUUGUUCAUGUUUUGCA